CGCGCUCCAUGGAGACGUUUGACCCAGCCGAGCUGCCUGAGCUGCUUAAGCUUUACUACCGGAGGCUUUUUCCCUACGCCCAGUACUAUCGUUGGCUCAACUAUGGCGGAGUAAUAAAGAAUUACUUUCAACACCGUGAAUUUUCAUUCACAUUGAAAGAUGAUAUUUACAUUCGCUACCAAUCCUUCAACAACCAGAGUGAUCUGGAAAAGGAGAUGCAGAAAAUGAAUCCAUACAAGAUUGAUAUAGGCGCGGUAUAUUCCCACAGACCCAAUCAACACAAUACAGUGAAGCUGGGAGCUUUCCAGGCUCAGGAAAAAGAACUGGUGUUUGACAUUGACAUGACAGACUAUGAUGAUGUGAGGAGAUGUUGUAGUUCUGCAGACAUAUGUUCUAAGUGCUGGACCCUCAUGACGAUGGCCAUACGCAUAAUCGACCGAGCACUGAAGGAGGACUUUGGAUUUAAGCAUCGUCUCUGGAUCUAUUCUGGAAGGAGAGGUGUUCAUUGUUGGGUCUGUGAUGAAUCGGUUAGAAAAUUGUCCUCUGCAGUACGUUCCGGGAUAGUUGAGUAUUUGAGUCUUGUAAAGGGUGGUCAAGACGUUAAAAAGAAAGUCCACCUAAGUGAAAAAAUUCACCCUUUUGUCAGCAAAUCUAUAAACAUAAUAAAAAAAUACUUUGAAGAAUAUGCCUUAGUUGAUCAAGAUAUUCUUGAAAAUAAAGAAAGCUGGGAUAAGAUUUUAGCCCUUGUUCCUGAAACAAUUCAUGAGAAACUUCAGCAAAACUUCCAGAAGUAUCACAAUUCACUUCAGCGUUGGGAAUAUUUGAAGAAAGCCAUCAGCUGGCAGGAUAAUACUAAAAAUGACAAAUGUGGACCCUUGCUUGAAUGGGAGAUCAUGCUCCAGUACUGUUUUCCACGGCUGGAUAUCAAUGUUAGCAAAGGAAUCAAUCAUUUACUGAAGAGCCCUUUUAGUGUUCAUCCUAAAACAGGUCGUAUUUCUGUGCCUAUUGAUUUACAGAAAGUGGACCAGUUUGAUCCAUUUACUGUUCCAACCAUAAGCUCCAUCUGCCAUGAAUUGGAUGCCAUUUCCAUUAAUGAUGAGGGAAAGGAGGGAAACGAAGCUGAAUCUGAUAUCAAACAUAAAACCAGAGAUUAUAAGAAGACCAGUCUAGCUCCUUAUAUAAAAGUUUUUGAACAGUUUCUUGAAAACCUGGAUAAAUCCCGAAAAGGAGAACUUCUCAAGAAGAGUGAUUUACAGAAAGACUUUUGA